GCUUCGUGCGACUGCCCGAACUGCCAGGAGAUGGAGCGCAUGGGGGGGAGCGGCGCGGCGGGGGGGCUGCGGAAGAAGGCGGUGCACAGCUGUCACAUCCCGGGCUGCGGGAAGGUGUACGGCAAAGCGUCGCACCUGAAGGCGCACCUGCGCUGGCACACGGGGGAACGGCCGUUCGUUUGCAAUUGGCUUUUCUGCGGGAAGCGCUUCACCCGCUCGGACGAGCUGGAACGCCACGUGCGCACCCACACCCGCGAGAAGAAAUUCACGUGCGUGCUGUGCAGCAAACGCUUCACCCGUUCCGACCACCUCAGCAAACACCAGAAGACCCACGCCGACCCCUCGGCCCCCAAAGCGCCUUCCGAGCCGCCCCCCACCGCUCCCCCCGCCUCUCAGAACAACCCGCCCCCCCCCCGGCCCGCCCGGCUCCCCGCGCCGACCCGUCGCUCCGUCGCCCCGGCGGGAUGCGGGCAGCCCCGAGGCGGGCAGUUUGCUGGAGAUCUGACGCCCCUCCUCUCCUUUCCUUUCCCCCUCCUCGGGUUUUUCCCCCCUAAAAAACGCCGCUCGCUGUGGGUGGGCCGCUGCCAACGGGCGCCGAACACAUCCGUCCACAUCCCGGUGCCAAACCCCAAACGGGAGCCUCCCCAAAACCACGCUGGUCCCAAAGCCACCCUCGGCCCCUGA